AACAUACAUUGCCUCAGUCGUUUAGUAACUGUUGCAUCGUACGUUGUCAUAUUCUUGUGGAUUGUCGCGUGUUCGUGUUUUUUAUUCCCCCAAUCACAACUACACACAAAAUCUAUCAAAUCACAAAGAAUACCACACAUUUGUCGAACAAGCGAGCGUUGUUAUACCUUUGGUUCUGUGAACACCUCUUGUUGAGUGGUGUUGAACAAAUAAAUUAUCGACGCCAGCAGUUUUGUUUUUGUAAAUUAUUGUCUGAUUGACGGCUAAUAUUUGGCCAAUAAUUUUGUGUGAAAGAUAAGAUAACGAAACAAAAAAAUAAAUUGAUUUGCCAUUAAAAGCGAGUUCAAUUGUUAGUGGAGCAAAACAAAAAAUACAAAAAUAAAAAAAAAAAAAACAAAUAACGCAUUUUUUGUUUUAGCCGGUGCGCGCCAAAAAGAAAAUCGUUCUAUAAAAAUAAAAAAAAAAAUUGUGAAAAAAAUUUUGAUUGAAAUCCCAGCCAAACAAAAAAAUAUAAAUUAAAAGAGAAAUAUUUUUUAAAAAAAUAACAGUUUUUUGUGCCAAUUUGAAAAAUAAAUUAUUUUUUUUUUUUAAACAUCCGAACAUCGCUGAAAUUAUUUACAAUAUGUCUCGACUAAAUCUGAAUCAUCGUCUACCCCUACUCCAGAAGCAGUUCUAUGUGGCUCUGUGUAUUUUCUUCAUAUUAACAGAUUCCCUGGCACGUGCCCAAGUCAAUGUUGAGCCCAACACAGCCGUCCUCAAUGAGGGUGAUCACACGGAACUGUUGUGUCGUUAUGCCCAUCACUCAAUCACCUAUUGUCGAAUCGAAAUCCCUGGAGAGUCGAAAGUAUUCAAUUUAUCGCCCGAUUGGAAUAAAACGCCCGGCUUUGAGUACUUUGGACGCGGCCUGACCAAUGGUGAAUGUGGUGUUAAAAUUGCCCAUGUAAAGGCGGUCAAUAAUGGUCAGGUCAAGUGUAAUUUGGGUGUCCAGGGUGAGGAGUUGUCGGGCACAAUUGAUUUGGUUGUGGCAUUACGUCCCAAACAACCCCUGGUCGAGUUGAUUACCAAGCCAGACAAUGAAGGCUAUUUCAGUGAAGGUGUAACAUUCCAAGCCCGUUGUAUAGUGGCCGAUGGUCGCCCUUAUGGAAACAUCACUUGGUAUUUGGAUGAUGAACCAGCCAACAAACAUCUCAGCGAAAUGGAUUAUGUUACCUCAAGUCCCACCAGCAAUGGCCUGGAAUUGACCACCACCAUUCAGGGUAUCAGCUGGAUUUUGGGACCCGAAGAUAAUAACCGUAAAUUGGUGUGCCGUUCCCAUCAUCAAACUGAUCGCGAUAGUUUGCCACCCCAGGAGGGUUCCUAUCAUCUUUUGGUGCGCUAUGCCCCUCUACCCCAAGAAGAUAUCUCUGUCUAUGGCCUUUAUUUGGAACACACAGCCCUCAUUAAUCUGACCAUUCGUGCAAAUCCCGCCCCCAUCAUCGAAUGGACCAUUGACGGCGAAGUUGUACGCCAGAGCGAAAAAACUGGUCGUUUCUCGGCUUACGCACCUCAAUACUUGGGACAAGACAUGUACAAUGUUACCUUAUUGAUUGCUGGCCUAACAUUGGAGGACACAACAAAGACCUAUCAGAUGAGAGCAACAAAUGCAUUGGGCCACACCGAUUACACAGUUCGCAUUAGUUCAUCGGCCACCCCGCCAUCCAGUGGCUUGGAAAUUGGUGCCAUUGUUGGCAUUGUUGUUGCUGUAGCUGUUCUCAUUCUGAUUGUUUUAUUGGUUGUCUUUGCCCGUGCCACAGGAAGAUGGUGUUUCGGAGGAGCCACCCUAAACACUGACAUUGGUCCCGAUUCUGAAGCCCAAAUCAAUCCCCAUCUCAAUGAAGAUUUCGAUGGUCGUGAAUUCAAUAACGGCGAAGAAAACAUCGACACCACACACCAGACAUCGGAGGAACCCACACCCCCCGUCACCGAUAAAUUGGAUUCACAAAAGAAGGCUGAUCUCAAGAAUAACAGCAACAAAACGGCGACGGCCACCAAUGGCAAUGGACAUGCCAAUCCUGCUGAAAAUAAAACAAAUACUUCUGUCUAAGAAACAGGAUUGAAAAUCUAAAGGGCACAAACACAAAUGCACACUCACACACACACAAAAUUCCUUAAACGAGGCAUUAUAAAACAGAAAAUAGACAACGACUUUAAGAAAUUGUGACAAAACAAAAAAAAAACAAACAAUUUAUUUCUUCCACUAUUAUUUAUAUACAUAUUUUUUUAAAAAUUUCGGCAAUUUCGUUUGCGUCCAGUUGAAAAAAAAUCCUUCAAGGAUUUAAUUUUCUCUCUUUUUAACAAUUUUUUCAAAAUCUUCCAAAAUUGUUCAUAAGUAAAUGCACAUUUUGAAACAAGCACAAAUUUUCAAUUUAGUUUAUUUAAAAUUUGAAUCUUUUUUUUUUUUUGUUUUUCAAAAAUAAAUUGUUAUUUCGGUAAUUUACAACAAAAAAUAUACGUAACAUCCUUGAUAAAAAGAAUCUGAUUUAAGAAAAUUUAGUGAGAAAAACAAACGUACGUAAUAUUUCUCAAUUUCGUUAUUAAAAAAAACUGGAAUUUAGAAAAAAAAAAUACAUUUUAGUUUUAAAUUUAAAUCCUUUGAUUGUCCCUUUCAAAUGCUUUCAAAACAAAAUUUUACAACGCAAUUCUACUAUAAUUAAAUAUCUAAUCCUUCUCGUUCUGCCCUUCCAUGACAGCUACAAGCACACAGAAAAAAAAUCAAUUAUUUUGAAAAAAAAAACGUCGUUAAUAAAAAAGCGUCUACUCGAAAUUAUCCACAGUCCGAUGGGGUCUUCAGUAGAAAAAAUCUCUUUAGAACAACUGAAGUCGAGCAAAAAUCUAAAUAUGAAAAAUAUUGUAAUUUUUCUCUUUGACCUGCUCUCUAUUGAACUUUCACCUCAUUCACAACUUAAUCGGUAUUCAGUUCGAUAUAAAGUUUUAGCUGUUUUUCAUCCCAACAUUUUCAUCUUAGUGUUUCCAUGACAGUUACAAGAACAUAGAAAAAAUCGAUUAAUUUAAAAAAAAUCAUUAAAUUAAAAAAUGUUCUAUUCGAAAUUAUCCACAGUCCGACGGAGUCCGCAACACCACCUUUACUUGCGUAGAGAAAAAUCUCUUUUAAGGACAACUGAAGUCGAGCAAAAAUCGAAAUAAAAAAUAAGGCAGUAUUUCUCCUUGAUCUGCUCUCUAUUGAACUUUCCCUUCAUUCACAACUUAAUCGGUACUUAGUUCGAAAUAAAGUUUUCCCAAAAUUUCCAUACCCUAUUUCGAGUAUCAAAAUAAAAUUAUUCCGUGAUUUUUUCCAACUUUGUACAAACCUAUAUUAUGUUCAACAUUAGCAGGAUCUUAUAUUUAGGAUAUAUUGGUUUAAUUUUUCCGAUACCAUUCACAAAAAUAUAUUACAUUGAUUCGCAAUUGGGUAGUACCAGGUUCACAUCAUUAUGUCUUUGUGAGUUCAUUUGUAAUAUGGAGAAGGAAGUGAGAUAGACCCAUAGUUACUUUUGAGGAUCUUCAUAGAAUCACUUUCUGAGUCGAUUUAUGCAUAUCAGUCCGUCAGACUAUCCCUCCGUCCGUCUGUCCAUGUAUUUUUGUGGACAAAACGCAGGUCGCAUUUAUUAUCCGAUUGAGAUGAAAAUUUUCAAACAAUAUUUGUUUGGCCCAAGGGCAAACUCUUUUGAAAUUGAUGAGAAUCGGUUCAAAUUUAGAUAUAGCUCGCUUAUAUAUCUUCAACCGAUUUCGGGUUAGUUGUGCACCACCAAUUGUGCCAAUAUUAGUCCAAAUGACCUGAAUUUUGGCACAUCGGACCGAAUUCAAUCUAGAAGCAAGUAUAUUAAAUUUGGGCAAAAAUCUUUUCAGAUAUAGCUCUAUCUCCCACAUAUAUUUCAACCGAUUUGGGGUUUUCAGUCCCUCACAUGCACAAUAUGCAGCCCACAAGAAUGUUAUUUGACACCAGAUAACUCAAAAACACCUCUGUCAUAAUUUAUCGAGAUUGGAUCAGAUUUGGAUAUAGCUCCCAUAUAUAUCUUCAACCGAUUUCCGGUUAGUUGUGCACCAAACGGCUAAUAUCAGCCUAAAUUAACUGAAUUUUGGCAAUUCCAACUCAAAUCAUCCUAGAAACAAGUAUUUCAAAUUUCGUGAAAAUCGGUUCAGAUAUAGCUAUAGCUUAUCCAAUAGGUUUCAUCCAAUUUGGUGUUUAAGUCCUUCACAUGCGUAAUAUGCACUCCACAACAAAGAUAUUUGAUACCGGACAUCAAAUACAGCUCGAAAAUACCUCUGUCAAAUCUUAACGAGAUCGGUUCAGAUUUGCAGCCUCCGUCAACGUUGGAUAUAGUUCCAGAUCCAGGUUUGGAUAUAGUUCCAAAUUGUGACUGCUCUAAAGCCAUGAUACGCAUUCAAAUAAGGUUCAUAGUUGGUAUGAUCUACUUCACAUAAAUUCCCAAUAAAAACUUUUUUGUUACGAGAGCUCUACUAAAUACGCAUUGUGGUGUAGGGUAUCAUAUUGUCGGCCCCGCCCGACUUUUGACCUUUCCCUUCUGGAUCUUUUGACCUUUCCCAAUUUGGAGUACAGAGUAAAAUUCAAUAGAAUUUCUCAGCAAUAUUAAAAGCCUGUUUGCUUCUACAUAAAACAAAAGAGUGAAGAGCACUCUCUUACUCUUUUAAUACUUCCUCUCGCAAGCAUUUUUCACUCGCGAGUAAAAUCGAGAUAUAUUUGUCGCCCAAAUAACUAGGCCAACAAUUUGUUAAACAUUUUCGAUAGACAAUUUUAUUAACGACAUUAUUUUCAAUUUUGAACGAUUUUUCUCAAACUGUGUGCACUAGGACAUGUAUAAAAACACACAAACUCGAAUAUGUUUUGUU